AAUUAUUCCGUUAAUCAUUUCAAUUUAAUUUUAUUGUUACUACAUAUUAAAUGUGUACCGGGUAAGAAGGCAUUAUUUUGUUGCGUCUAGUCGCUACAUAUGCUAUGACCCCUCCCCUGAAAACCCGGAAGCAAACAAGAACGCUAACUAGCAUGAGGAAGACUCACAUGGUGGCUAACAGCAGGAGGAGAGCGGCCUCGGGAAUUGUUUGACUUAUACAAACCCUAUGAACAUGUCAGCAGCUAAAGCCAAAAUGCGUGAGAAGAAGAUGAGGAACCAGCCUGCCAGCGUGCAGUAUCCGGAGAGCAGCACAGAGUAUGGUGGAGGCGCAGACCAUCCUGUCACUGGUGGUGGUCAAUCGAAUGUGCGUCCUUUCUCAAAGAGGCAGAGGGCACCUCCCAACAGGAGCGGAUGGGUUCGUGGACAUCAGAAAGAUGGUGGUGGUUAUGCCAGAGAGAUGCCCAAGUACAUCACUGCUGGAGCUUUUGCCAGGGCCAGAGCUGCAGAAGUGAGUGCCAUGCUGAAAGCGGUCACUAAGACAACGGCUAGCAGCCACGUGUUUCAGACUCUUCCCAAACACAUGAGACGAAGGGCCAUGAGCCACAACACCAAGCGGCUCCCUCGCAGACUGAGAGACGUGGCCAACAGAAUGAGGGAAAAGAGCCUCCUGGCCAGCUCUAAGAAGAAGAAGGAACCAGCAAAGAGCAAAAGCCGUAAGGCCCGGCGGCGCCACGGGAACCUGCUGCUGGAGUUCAACCGGCGCCAGCGGAAGAACAUCUGGCUGGAGACGCACAUCUGGCACGCCAAGCGCUUCCACAUGGUUAAGAAGUGGGGCUACUGUCUCGGGGACAGGCCCACAUACAAAUGCUACCGACCAUGCUACAGAGCAAUGAGCAGCCACUGCCUCCUGCAGGAUCUUUCUUAUUACUGCUGCAUAGAGUUAAAGGGGGAGGAAGACAAGCUGCUGGCUGCUCUGUCACAGCUGACAUCCAAGGAGGGUGGUCCCACAUUUGCUGCAGCCAUGUGCCUGUCAGGGGGCCGACAGGGCAGCGUCACAGUGCACAGAGCGGGCCAGUACCCUUCCCAGCCCCUGGGACCUGUUACCUACCUCUGGAGACCACAAACAGCGGGGUUAACCCACAGACAGCUGUGGAUCUGGGCUCAUCCCACUCUGAAGCAGGAUCUUCUCCCUGAAUUACAAAGUGUGUGCCUAUGUUCUGAGGCCGUGGUGACCCCAGUUGAACCGGAGGUCUCGUGUGCAGAGGCUGAUCUGACCGUACAGGUAGAAGCACAGUCUGAAAACAUCUCUGACAACAAGCUGAAACCUGGAGCCAAGAGAAAGAGGAGCCGUAAGGAUGCCAGUGAACCUGCUGAAAAGAAGAUUCUGGGAGACGGAACCAGAUUACCCAGCACCCCGGUUACCUGGAAGUCCAGCUCAACUGGAAUAGUUAUAAACGAUCUCACAAUGGAGAUUGUACGCUAUCGACUGAUUGGACCUCAGUCUCAUUCUGUGCUGGCAGAAACUUUGGAAGCAGCUACAGUCUGUGAUGCAAGCAUGGUGGAACGGAAGUCACCUUUCCUCUGGUGGCCUCAGCACUGCAAAGAUCAGAGCAAUAUAAGUCUUCAUCAGCAACAAACAGAUGUCUUUGAUUUACUGAAAGGUAUCUGUUCAACUGGAGAACUCCCCCCAGGAACAGUGCUGGGGUUGACUGUGGAUGACCCCAGACUAACUUUACCACAAAAGAAGGUUAAAGCUGUGCCCUUUGUGAGCCAGGCCCAAGAAGCUGACGAAGAGAAGAGGCGUGAGCUGAUGAUGCGAGGAGUACCACAGCAGUGCUGUCAGAGUUUCCUGUGGGAUCAGUCUGUUCGGGACAACGUCACUGACAACAAGAUAUCCGAGCAGGAGUUGAACCGCACGAAGAGUGAAUUGCUGGUGCCAGGCUCCAGGCUGAGCCCCACUCCCCCACAGGGCCGAGUCCCCAUUUUACUGGUUCAUCAGCCUGGCAAGCAGGUGGGAAAUGAGCUGAACUCCUGGGGGGCUGGAUGGGACCUGCUCCUUCCUAAAGGAUGGGGGAUGGCCUUCUGGAUCCCGCUGGUGUACAGAGGGGUUCGUGUAGCCGGGCUGCACAUGAGUCUGAAACACUCUCAGAACAAAGCGGCUCCCCACUUUCCCCACGACUAUCCGGACUGUCCUGCUGGAGCCCGUUUUCAGGAGGAGCAGGAGGCAGAGUUUCUGGACAAAUUUAGAAGGCGUCCGCCAGCCAAGAGGACCAAUUACAUUAAACAUGGCUGUCUGGCUCCUUUUCGUUGCCCUUGGCAACAGCUGGCAGAGGAGUGGGAGCUCCUGACAACGGAAGGAGGAGCGGAGGGGAAAGGAUAUGGGCAGACUGAAAGCACAACAAAAACCGAUGUGAUAGAGGAGGUGACAUCACAGCAAAAUAUAGCUGCAACUAAUCCUCCGAGCUGCUUCAAUGUUCUGAGGAACAGAAAGUCUCUGAGGCUUCUCUCUGCCUGGUGCAGACCCACGGCAUCGAAAGGAAAGAGGCAGCGCCCUGGGGCGGCGGUGCCUCCUCUCACUCCCUCGGCUGUGACAUCUUUCAACGCUGCUCACAGAAUGAGUCUGCUGUGGGUGCGCCUGACGCUGCUGUCUAAAGGGAAUCCAGAAGCCCAUGCCAUGGUGUGUGUGCCGACUGCAGAAGACCUGAAGCUGUUUAGCAAGGACAAAGCAGGUAGUGGCCCCCAGGAGCCCCCUCACAAAGACCACUUUAAAUCCAGAAUUAACCGCAAAAAGAAGAGCUCCAAGAAAGCUGCUACGUCACUUUUUUCCACUGAUGACCGGGCUUCAGACCCAAUCACACCCAAAGACCCCCAGUCGUCUUCUGACCUCAUCUUAGGGCUUUGGCCGGACCCUCUGCCAAGUGUCACAUCUCAUUGCUCUCGGGUGACUCUUGGCUGGAUCACUCAAGGGGACUUCUCCCUGUCUGUGGGCUGUGGGGAGGCUCUUGGGUUCGUUAGUGUUGCUGGUCUACUUAAUACUCUCCUCAACCAGCCAGUGGAACACAGAGGAAAGCUGCUGCUGCGCAACCCCACCUCCCUGCACUACCGCUUUGUUAAGCUCAACAUCGACGUGUGACUGUAACAGCAGUGCCUGUACAGAACUGAAUGCAAAAAAGGGAAAACAGUCUAAAUGAGUCAUAAUGUCAAUAAAAAGAGUCUAGUGCACCAGGCAACUGAAUGCACGGUAAAAAACCCUGCGCCUUGACUGAUGAAUGGCAGAGUAUGAGUGAAAGCACACAAUCAAAAUGUUGAAGUUUUAGUUGUGUAUAAUAUACACCAAGGACCGUAUCAUUAUUAUUUCAACUAAUUAGAAAUGUUCGUCUAUGCAGAUUUCUGUUCAUGACAAUUCUUUGUCGGCGAGAUCAAAGCUGCAAAUGGAAGAAUCACAUUUCUGAAAAGAAUUUGAUCUCUAACUUGAUUCUUUCACAUCCUUUGUUAAAGUGUUUUGUGUUGAAAAGAAAUGCCCGUCUUUAAGAGAUGCCACUGCAGUGCAGAGCUUUUUGUUACAAUAACGACGAAUAAAAAACGAAAUCAUAAAG